AACGAACUUGCUUGUGGUCGAGACGUGGCUCCGUACGCUCGCCCAACAAGACAAGAUCAAGCCGGACCGCGGCGCAGCAGCUUUUCCGCCUCCUCUCUUCCCACCUGGGACCUUGGCCGAGCCGCCGUUUGUUGUUGCAGGACAGAGAGCCCCGACGCCAGCCUUGUGAGGUGACUGGCCCUCUCCGGAGGGCCUUGUCAUGGCCUCCCCAAGUCUUGGGAAUUCCGCCUCUCCAGGUCAUCAACCCUCAUUCCCUUCCUAUCCUAGUGUCAUAGGGUUUAGAGUUGGAAGGAACCCUGUAGAGAUCGUCUAGCCCAAUCCCUCCUCAUUUUACAAAUUAGUAAACUGAGGCUUAAAGAAGGGAAGGGACUUGCCUGAGGCUAUACCAGUAGUAGGGGGCAGAGCUGGGAUUCGAACCCAGGCCUUGCUUGUCUUUGUAGUUGCUUGCAAUCGGAUGUUUGCCUCAUUUUACCCAACUCUCAAACCAAACCUGUUUCUUUAAAUUAAUUUCAAAGCCACUAUUACGUCUCCCUCAAAUUAUCUUGGGGCACUGACGAAUUAAAGUACAUUACAGAAGGAGACAUACCAGGAUUUAUCUUUUUAAAAGAAAAAAAAAAUCCACUCAGGUAAGCCUUAGAUGAGGGUUAUGUAGCAGUUGACUCCUGACCUGCAAAUAUCUAACUUUGAAGAGGGGACAGUGUAACAAACAAAAUGACUGUACAACAUCACUCAGCCCAAAGGAAGAAUAUGAACCAAGGAGGUGGUUCUAAUGAUGAGUAAAAUAGAGAAGCCACAGUUCAUCACAGAAAGAAAGAAAUAGGCCCAAGCACUGGAUAUUCAAAGACACUGACAAUAAAAAUGGAAAACAUUGAGAAUGAAAAAGAAAAAUCAGAUGAUGAUGGAAAAUCUGACCCAGAGAAGACACUAGACUUUUCUGAAUACUUUAACCAACUGGAAUUGUUGGAAACUCAUAGACACCUAAUUCCCCUUGGAACUCAGAGCCUCUGGGUUGAUGAUACUGAUGAAGAAGAAGAGCAGGAUGAAGAAACCGAGGAGUGGUAUCAAAUGCAAGAACAAAAACUGGAAAAGGAGCCAAACAAAUUGCUUCUUUGGGCUGCUGAAAAAAAUCGGCUUGCCACAGUACGAAGGCUGCUUUCUGAAAAGGCCACUCAAGUAAACACCAGAGAUGAAGAUGAAUACACACCUCUCCAUCGAGCUUCAUAUAGUGGGCACUUAGAUAUUGUCCGAGAGCUGAUUGCCCAAGGGGCAGAUGUUCAUGCAGUGACAGUAGAUGGCUGGACUCCCCUACAUAGUGCCUGUAAAUGGAACAAUACCAAGGUGGCAUCCUUCUUACUUCAACAUGAUGCAGAUAUCAAUGCUCAAACAAAUGGCCUGUUGACCCCCUUGCAUCUUGCUGCAGGAAAUAGAGAUGGCAAAGACACCCUAGAACUCCUUCUGAUGAAUCGUUACAUCAAACCAGGCCUAAAAAAUAACUUGGAAGAAACAGCAUUUGAUAUUGCCAGGAGGACCAGUAUCUACCACUACCUCUUUGAAAUUGUAGAAGGUUGCACAAAUUCUAAACUGGAGUCUUAAACAUUCUGAUAACUUUAAUCAGUUUCUGAGUAGCCACAACUCCUUUGGAUGAAAUACAAACACAUUCCAGAAUAUGAAAUUUAAUUCAAAGAAGAUAUUUUGAAAACAUUCAAUAGUAUUUAUUCUGGGUGAUGGACAAAUUCACUGUCAAAGAGUAUAUGAAAGGGCUGAGGGGUUUUCUACUAUUUAUGUCUAUGUGGUGAUUUUGUGAUAUGGUCAAACAUAACUAGCUUACCUGUAUUUUCUGUACUUUAAGUGUCAUAUUAAAAUGUGUCAUUUUGGUUAUUAAACCAAAUAAAAUACUUUUUAAAACA